CACAGCCAGGUUCCCUCUUCCCGGGCCGUUGGGUGAGGGUGGGGGCCGUGUCCUGCUGAGCUCUGGAGGGAGCCACCAGCCUGUGACAGCCAUGGGGCCUGGGGCCAGGGAGCUGCUGCUGCUGACCGUGGUCCUCACACUGCCCAUGAGGCCUACAGGCUCCUGGGGUGCCCGGAUCAUCGGGGGCCGGGAGGUGACGCCCCACUCCCGGCCUUACAUGGCGUCUGUGAAAUUUGAGGGCCAGCACCACUGUGGAGGCUUCCUGCUCCGUGCCCGCUGGGUGGUCUCCGCAGCCCACUGCUUCAGCCACAGGGACCCCCGAACGGGCCUGGUGGUGCUGGGAGCUCACGUCCUGCAUGCUCCAGAGCCGACACAGCAGGUGUUUGGCAUCUCGGUUCUCAUCAGGCACCCGGACUACCAGCCCACCACCCAUGCCAAUGACAUCUGUCUGCUGAAGCUGAACCGCUCUGCUGUCCUGGGUCCUGCAGUGGGGCUGCUGAAGCUGCCACGGAGAGGUGCCAGGCCACUCAAGGCUGGGGCGCGGUGCCAGGUGGCUGGCUGGGGCUCCAUAUCUGACUUUGAGGACUUGCCGCCCGGGCUGAUGGAGGCUGAGGUCCGCGUGCUGGGCCUGGACAUCUGCAACAGCUCUUGGAGGGGCCAGCUGAACCCUGGCAUGCUCUGCACCCAAAGUGGGGACCGCCGGCGACGUGGCUUCUGUUCAGCGGACUCUGGGGGGCCCCUGGUGUGCAGGAACCGGGCCCACGGCCUUGUCUCCUUCUCUGGACUCUGGUGCGGCGACCCCAAGACCCCCGAUGUGUACACGCAGGUGUCUGCCUUCGUGAGCUGGAUAUGGGAUGUGGUUCGAGGGCCCCGGCCCAGCCCCCUGCCCAGGACCACCGGGUCCCUGCAGGAGUUGCUGGAACCACAGCAGCACUGGGUAUACAAAUGAGAUGGCAAACGAUGCAAAUAGCUCCUUCCCCGGAAAUCCCAUGGCCAGGGCAGGUCAUCCACGGGCCCCCCAAGCCCCGGGGAAGCCUGGCAUGUAUGGGGUGGGGUGUGGGGUAGGAGAGGGCAUCAGUUCCAAACCCAAAGGGCCAAAAUGACCAAAUAAAAUGUUAACUGAAUAAC